GUCAAAAUUUGAAAAUUAACUUGUCAUUUAAUCGAAUUGAAAUAAUAUUUCUUCCUCCCUUUGAUAAAAUAAAAUAUCAAUUAUUUCCAAAAAUAAUAUUGAACAUAAGAGAGAAUCCUAUUGUAUGUGAUUGUUAUAUUUAUGAACUUUUAAAUUAUAUAAAUGAUGUUAAAAUAAAGGAAAAAUUGAAAAUAAAAAUUAAUAAAUUAAAAUGUAAUGGUCCAAAGGAAUAUAAUGGAGAAUAUUUAUCAAAAAUUAAUAUUAAUGAAUUUGUGUGCGAUUCAACUAAUUAUGAUGGUCGAAUGUCAGUAAUGAGAUCAUUAAAUAUACCAUAUGAGUGUUUAGUUAGAAAAAAUUUAAAAAAACACAUAAUAAUUAUUGAUUGUGACAAUAGAAAAAUAAUACAAUUACCAAACAAAUUAUGUAACAAUUGUUUAGAUUACAAUAUUGAAUUAAAUUUAAGAAAUAAUCUUUUAACAAAAAUUCCUGAUAUUAAUUUAUUUUAUAAAAAUGUGACAAAAUUAUUUUUGUCUGGAAAUAAAAUUGAAAAUUUCGACACUAAAAUUCUUGAUACCAAUAUUGAGGUUUUAGAGCUUAAUAAUAAUCUUAUAAAAACAAUAACUCCAGCGCAACUAUAUUUAAUGAAUUCAAAAAAAAAUUUAUGGAAUAUUACAUUAAGUGGAAAUCCAUUAACGUGCGAUUCAUAUUAUUGGGAUUUACGUGAGAAUGCAAUAACUAUUUCAGAUCUUUCUCAAUUAAAUUGCAUUAAUAACAAUAAUUCAAUUUUAAUGAAAUCAUCAAAUUUGUCAUUAAUCGCUAUGGAACAGAAAAUUCAAACUGAUCCAAAUCAAAAUGAUCCUAUAUACAUUUCAACAUCAACAAAAAUUAAUGUAAAACAAAAUUCAAUUUGCGAUAUUCCUUUAGAAAAAAUAUAUCAAGUUUGGAAUCAAUAUUGCAGUCAAAUACAUUUAAAUUCGUCAAUAGAGAAUAAAAUUUUUUAAAUAAAAAAAAAAAAAUUUUUAGCUAAAUAUUUACAAGUUGUACAUGUAUAGUAAAAAAAAUAUAUUAUUUGAAAAUA